AUGGCGACCUUGGGCUACCGUGACUCGGGCUCUGUGGUGCUUUCAAAGGCGGAGGCCUUGCGGCAGGCCCAUGAGAAGGAAGGAGAACGAUCGAGGCUCAUGACCUGGUCCAAAAGAAAGAGCCCUCCCAGGAGGAAGAAGGACGAGCGUGAAGAGCGGGAAAAGGAGGAAGCAGCCGAGUUUGAAAUGAAGCUGGAGAACAUCGUCCAGAAGCGCCCGGACAAGCGCUUGAAGUGGCUGCAGAAGGGCAUGAUCUUGGUGGGCAGGAAGACCAUCAAGGCAAACGCCUUCUUUGAACUGAUCAUGGAGAAGGCCUUCAUUUCUGACGUGCCACCCGAACUAGGAACUCGAAUGAAAGCGUCGAUCCUGGCGAACUUGCACCUCUUCUCAUCAAAGCAGCAGAAAGCUUUGCAAAGCGAGUCUUGCCAGUUCAACAUGUUCGCCUCGGCCACCGCCAAGGAGAAAAAGAAGGAGACGCGCGAACGUGAAGGUGAACCUCGCAAGAAGAAGGCCCGGCGUGCCAAGGACUCCCGCAGUAGCGAGUUUGACUCUGUGGACUCGCGGCCGCCGCCGCCGAAGCCGCCGGGGAGAGCGCCGCGGCUGCCGCGCGGGUCUCGGGAGGAUCGCUUAGACGGCCGGGACGACCGCCGGGAUGACCGGCGCGAUGACCGGCGGGACGACCGGCGGGACGACCGGCGGGACGACCGGCGGGAUGACCGGCGGGAUGACCGGCGGGAUGACCGGCGCGUGUAUGCCCGUGGAGCUGCAGAUGACGGCUACUGA